AUGUUGCUGCGUCGAGCCUGGCGGAGACCAGCUGUGCGACCCAGUAGUAGUGGCCGCGGGAGCGGAUGGGAAUGGGAGCCCCUGCGCAGAGGCUUGUCGCGGUUUCGAGUCAUCGAGCAUGUCGUGCCGGCCCAGCAUACGCGGCGUUGGCCGCGCGGUACAGAGGUGGGCUACGAGAAUGCGUUGAGGCUGGCCGUGAAGCAGUAUGUCCCCAAGACCAACCCGGAGCCGCAACCGGGCGACAUCACCUUCAUUGCCACCCAUGGCAAUGGCUUUCCAAAGGAGAUGUACGAGCCUAUGUUUGACGACCUCGAGGACAAGAUGAACGGUCUAGGGAGGAAGAUCCGGGCCAUCUGGAUCGCCGACAUGGCUCAUCAGGGCCAAAGUUUUGUCCUCAAUGAAGAUAUCUUGGGAAACGACCCAAACUGGUGGGACUUUGCGAGGGAUCUGCUGUUCCUGAUCAACCAGAAACAAGCAGACAUGCCUCAACCUCUUGUGGGGAUUGGCCAUAGCAUGGGUGGAACGCAACUGGCACAACUUGCACUGAUUCAUCCUCGACUGCUGCAGGCACUUGUCAUGAUUGAUCCGGUCAUCCAGACCGAAAAUCCUAGCAAGACAUUCGCGCCGGCUGCGACGUAUCGGCGGGACCUUUGGCCUUCCAGACAAGUUGCUGCUGAGCGGUCCGCCACUAGCAAGUUCUAUCAAGCUUGGGACCCCCGGGUCCUCGAUGAAUGGAUCGCCCACGGCCUCAGAGACCUGCCGACUGCGCUCUACCCCGAGAGAGGAAGCAAUCCAGAACCCCCGGUCACGUUAACCACUCCUAAGGCACAGGAAGUCUUCUCAUACGUGAGGCCGAAAUACUAUGGUCUCCCAGGCAUUCCGCCAGAGCAGGAUCGGACCGUGUACGGAGAUAUGCAUCCAGACGACGUGGAAGAUUACCCGUUCUAUCGACCGGAACCGGCAGAAACGUUUCGGAGACUGCCUGAAUUGAAGCCACCGGUCUUGUAUAUAUUUGGAAAGAAGUCGGAGCUUGCAACUCCGGAACUGAGACGCAAGAAGAUGGAGACUACAGGGGUGGGAGUUGGGGGGAAUGGUGGCCAGCAACAUGGCCAAGUGAAGGAGAUUGUCCUUGACUGCAGCCACCUGGUCCCCAUGGAAAACCCCACCGAGUGUGCAGAUGCUGCGGCUUCAUUUGCUGCAUCUGAGAUCUCGCGCUGGGAAGAGACGACGCGACAGUGGCAACGGCGAUGGUUACAGAAACCUCGACAAGAGAGAGCGGUGAUCGACGACCAAUGGAGGGAGAUGAUCGGACCGAGAGAGCCCAAGCCGCGGUAG